AAUAUGUGCAGUCACCCUCGUUUAUGCAUGCGGUGUGGCUGACAGCCACAUGAUUUCGUUUUUCACCUUCUAAUUGAACCGUCAAUGGUGUUUGUUUGUUUUUAGUAGUGCGCCUUUUGAGCUCAUUGUUGAUUUUUAAUAAGGCGUGCCAUUUGUACUGUAUGGCUAAGUUUGUACUCGCUUUACGCUUUGUAACAAGUCAUUGCGCAUUAUUUUACUGUAUUUAUAUGUUAAUAUAAAUACGCUAAUUAAAGGCGCCAGUGAAUUUUCUGGAAGCGCACGGCUUUUACCAGGCAUUGGAACUUUAGUGUAGCUGUGAGUCUUAUCUGUGGCUGCUGGUAUAAGUUUGAGAUGCGAUGUGUCAGCGGUACCGGUGUAUCAGUCAACAGAGAGAAUAUGAAAAAAUAAGCUUAAUUGUUAUUGUACUAUUUUACAGCUUAAAUUCGAAAUUAUUACUCACCGUUUGAAAACGCAUAGUAGGAAAGUGAUUUCAUCUCAUUUCUUACUGAGGCUAUGAAUACGUGCCCAGACAUGAGAAAAUUGUUUGGGCAAUACAAAAAGAAAACUGUUAUAUUGCAUUUAUUUAUGAAAGUUAUGAUUGGUAUCAUUAAUUACUGCAAUUUCCUACUAACUUUGAGUACAAAAGGUACAAAUUAGGACGAUUAGCAAGAAAAUCGAGAAAGCUUUGAGAUCUACUAACGAGUGAUUUUUUAGCUAUUAUCUUUUUAAACAGUUGGUUUAAACAGCUGACGCACGUUUCGUGUUUUGUUUCACUGUCAAACAUCUUCAGUUUGGUCUAUAAUUUAACCAUGAAUAGUCUUACAAACAAACAACGCUUGCAAAUCAUUGCAUUUUAUUAUAAAAAUGCGUGUUCUGUUAAGAAAGUUUAUCGCGGGCUUCUUCCAUUUUAUGGUCAGUUUAAUCGACCCACUGAAGCGGCUAUUCGAGCUAUUGUGACUAAAUUUAGAACCAAAUUUACAUUAUUGGACAUCAAACCAGCAACACGCUUACGUAGAGUGCGAACUGAAGGAAAUAUCGCAGCUGUAUCGGCCAGUGUUAAUGAUGACCAUCAAUUAUCGAUUCAUCGCCGUUCGCAGCAAUUGGGCCUCUGUUACUCAACAACGUGGAAAAUUUUGCGAAUGGAUUUAGGUGUGAAGCCUUUCAAAAUACAGCUGGUGCAAGAAUUGAAGCCGAACGACCUACCGCAACGCAGAAUUUUUGGUGAAUGGGCUCUUGGAAAGUUGGCCGAAAAUCCACAUUUUUAUCGAAAAAUUGUGCUCAGCGACGAAGCUCAUUUUAGGAUCAAUUGGUACGUAAAUAAGCAGUAUUGUCAAUUUUGGAGUGAAGAUCAGCCAGAAGAAUUGCAAGAGCUACCAAUGUAUCCAGACAAGGUCACAGUUUGGUGCGGUUUAUGGGCUGGAGGUAUCAUUAGACUGUACUUCUUCAAAGAUGCUGCGAAUCGUAACGUAACUGUGAAUGGUGAGCGCUACUGUGAAAUGAUACCCAACUUUUUUUUGCCCAAAAUGCAAGAGCUUGACUUGCAUGACAUAUGGUUUCAGCAAGACGGUGCCACAUGCCACACAGCACGCGUAACAAUGGACUUGUUGAGAGGCGAGUUCGGUGAACAUUUUAUUUCACGUUCGGGACCUGUCAAUUGGCCACCCAGAUCGUGCGAUAUAACGCCUUUAGAUAAUUUUUUGUGGGGCUAUGUUAAAGCUCAUGUCUAUUCAGACAAGCCUGCUUCAAUUAAUGCAUUGGAAGACAACAUUAAAGCAUUUGUAUGUGAGAUACUAGCCAAAACACUGGAAAGAUUUGCAAGUAAUCCACAAACGAAAUUCGUUUCGCAUCCCAACACAACUGAUGCUAACACCUUCUUCGCCGAUUUCUGGACACAAGCGCAUUUCGGAGCUGAGGAACAAGGUUCACACCAUUCUUUAGCCUCUUGUUUUGAUUUAGCAUCAUAG